GUGCAAAUAUUUACAAUAGAGAACGUACAUAUGAAAUAAGACCAACAGCAAAAUAGUAAACAAACCGGGCUCUGUCAGUGAUCUGUCAUCUGUGAAACAUUGUAGGAUCUCCCUACUACAUCAUGGACGAGUUAGAGUCCUUAAUUAAUAAAGCAGAUUAUUUGAUUGAGCAAAGCCAUGAAAUCCUGGUCCAGAAUGGCAGUAGUGCUUUGCAGGGACAGCCACUGUUCAGAAAGCUAGCAGCUAUCUAUGCUGAGGAAGCAGUCAAAACAUCCAGGCUUAAGAGCAUCAGUUUGACACACAAGUUGUUAGAGAAGUUAGUUAAACGGGAAAGUCUGAACUGUCUGGUUGUCAAUUUGUAUAGAGGGAAUGAAGGGUACUCACUUGCAAUCAAGAUGUCAUCAGGCCUUGAAACAGAGACUGUGCGGCUGCCAUAUGAAGAGGAUGACUUUUUGACAUACAUAGUCUUUAGUAGCAGAUGUAGCAGCCAUGACUAAAGACCAUGACUGGACUCAAGAGGAAAAACUUCAUCUUGAAGCAGAAAUAAUUAAAAGGACUGCUCCUCCACUCAAUCUCUCUCCAUCUCCUAUGGUGGCUAUUAUUAAUAACAAAUUGCACCAAAGAAAAUAUAAAUUCUCAACUGUACCCAUAAGAAGAGCUGCCAGAAGGUGUAGUCAGGUUGCUCAAAAUAGACAGAAGAAAUUUGAGGAAUGUGCUGCUCCCAAAUGUCUAAGGCUUCAUAAUUUCUUGAGCUCCAAGAAGGAUAAAAGACCAAUUCCCAAAACCCUUACUAAACCACUGAUUCCUAUGUCUAUGGAUGAAGUCCCUGAAUUAACCAUUCCUGAUAACAUUGAUGUUACAAAAGUUGCUCGCAUAUAUGAGCGUCCAGUCUAUACGACUGAUAAUUCCCUUGUAUUUAUUGAGGAGUUGGUUUUAGAGACAGAGCGAGGUCAAGGAAGAAUAUACCACACAAAAUUAACAAUCAGUCAGAGGAAAACUGAUGAAGUUUACUUCGGUGAACUUUAUGUUGAUCGAGAUUAUCAAGAAGGCAAACAAAAUGGGUCCACUUGCAAAUUUAAACUUGGGACGCAGCAGCAGGUAUGUCGUUACAUACAGCAGUUCAAAGAGAUCUUCACAGAAGAUUGGAGGAAAAGUGUCAAGAUCACUCAUAAAGUUGCUGGUCAGGCUGCUUACUCAACAUUUAUGCAAGGAACCCGCGACAAAAAAGAUUCAGAAUUAUUAAAGCAGUCAGCGGCACAACAGCCUGCCCAACAGCAAAUAGCACUGCAGCAACAAGCACAACCGGCACAACAGCAAGCUCCACAACAACAGUCAAUACAACAGCAAGCAGCUGUAGUGGCUGCAGCUGCAGCAGCAGCGGCAGCAGGGAAUGCCUCAGGAGUUGCUUCUUCUCCAGUGACUACCUCCAUGUCCCAGCCCAAUGUUAUCAUAGUGUCAAACGGAGAAGGUGGUGUUAAGAAGUCAGUCACUGUUGUAACAAAACCAAUAACUGUGUCAUCAACAUCAUCACUAAACAGUCUCAUAUCAGCCCAGCCGGUACAGCAGAAUUCAGUUUUAACCAUGUUUGGUCGAGCUACCACAGGGAUAGCAAGAAUGUCUGGAGCUAUUAGUGGAACACCUAAAUUGGCAGUAGCAGUCACCACAGGUCCGGGUGGUGCGAAGAUUACAUUACCAUCAACUACACAGUUGAAUCGUACGGUACCUGCUUAUUCUCAAGCUGUAUCAUUGGCAAAAACUCAGAUUUCAUCACCUUCUUUAACAGCACUAUUGAAGGGAACAGUACCAGCACACACACAGACAAAUUCUGUUACAAAACCUCAGGUUGUGAGUCUCGUUGGUGGGGUCAGUGAUACAACUUGUCACAACAAAUCUCCAGCGAAUACAGAUUCCUCAGGCUCAACUAAUGUUUCUGGACUGCAAGCCCUUUUAGCAGGGACACCGUCAGCAGAUAACCCAGCUCCUCAGAGGUCAGGUCCAUCCUUACUGGAACGUCUUUCAGCACAGUCUUCAAGUAAUGUUGCUGCUGCUGUUGCUGCUAAUAAGUCAGAAGGAGGCAUAGUCAAGGUUGGCACUACCACAGCAGUGCCAUCAAGUCAAACAAGUGUAGGGAGUUCAGCAGCAGCAGCAGUUCUUCGUAGUGACAGUGGCAGUGGUGGUCCUCCUCCUAAUAUAAACAUUGCAAGUCUUAAUCUACCAGGCCUCAAUGUAGCUGGUCUUCAAAGCCUUACAACUAAUCUUGGGGGUUUACAAAAUGUACAGGUGUCUAUUCCUGGCUUAGCUGUACCAAUUUCUCUCUCACUUAAUGUACCAGUGACUAGCUCUACUGGCGUUAUAUUAUCAUCACCACCACCAUCUAGCGUUGCAACUAAAGUAUCAGGGACUACUGCAGUCACAUCAGCAGCCACAGUUAUGAUAGCAAGUCAGCCAGCUUUACAACAGGGACAAGUUGUGCAGUUACCUAUAGGUCAAAUAAAUUCACCCCAGCUGGCAGCUCAACUGGCAAAGUCUAGUGGGCAGCAAAAUAGUGGUUCUUCAACUAUUCCAGUUUUACAGGUCCAAGGUGUUGGUGCACAACCUCUAAGGCAGCAAACCGUUCAAGUAGCUCUACCAACAGGACAGGCAACAGGCACUGUUGUUUCGGGUGGAGAAUCCAGUAUUGGUGCUGCUCAUACCACAACUGUUGGAGUUUCUCAGCCUUCUGUUGUGGCUUUGACGCCAAAGCAGAAGCUUCAACUAACACUUCAAAAUCCAGGAGGAAAUUUGGGCCUUGCUCAGUUGCAGCUGCAGCAGAAAUUAGCAGUAUUAAAAAGAUCACAACAUCAACAGCAGCAGCAACAACAACAACAGCAACAACAGCAGCAGCAGCAGCAACAACAACAACCUCAGCAACAGCAGCAGUCACAACAGCAGCAGCAACAGCAACAACAACAACAACAACAACAACCCCAACAGCAACAGCCUCAGUCUUAAUUAUCGUUGUAUUUUGUUUCACAUUUGUUCUUCGUGUCUUAUGUUGUACAAAACAUGAGCUUUAUGAAUACAGAACUUCCGUAUUCUGCCAACCUAUAAUCUGGUCUCUUCUUAAAGUCAGCACUAAUUUUAAAUUUACCAGGCAACCACACAUUGCAAUAGAUCUGUUUUCCAGCAUUUCUACUUCAUUAACAUAUUUAACUCAAAGUGUGGCUCAAGCCAUGAAAGGAAAUGCAUAGCAUUGUGAAAAUCAGUGUGGGGAUGAUGUAUUCAGACUGCAACACAUCUCUUGGUUAUAUUGCUCAUGAAAACACUAGGCUACAAUUCACAUAGUACUAAAUUAAUAUAUGACUAUUAUAUGCAUUUAAAAUACAGUAUCAUGAAAGGAUUUAAAAUCACAUAUUAUUUGCUUGUGUAAAAAAUAAACAGAAUUCAGAUUUCAGUAGCGACAUAUGAACUGAUUGUUCUUACAAGGUGUUACUAACUAGUAUACAUUGGAGUGAGUUUUUUUAUCAUUCAUAAAUCUUGUAAUGAAUUUAUUUUAGAUCUUUGAAAUACUGUACAUUAUUUAUAUUAGCAAAAUCAAGUAGCUGUGCAUAUUCUUAAUAGUGGAGAGGAGUGAAGUCAGAAAUAGACAAGAAACUAAUAAAGAAAUCCACUUUCAUUGGUGAUUGUUAUUUUUCAAAUGAUUCUGGUAAUGAUGAACAAUUAAUAUUGAAAAUAUAUGUUCAUGACUAACACAUGAAUUGCUUGCAUAUAAAAUAUAAAACCUUCUAUAAUUAGCAAACAGUGCCAACUACAAAGUUGUGAAAGUAUUGUAUUUUUCAUCAUAUAUUGUACACCUAUGUUUUUAUUAGCAUGAAGACAAAAAGUUUAGAUAUAUGGCAGUGUACUGUACUCAGAUUGUUUGGUGAUUUACCAUUAUAGUUCUUGGGUUUUAUUUAUAAUUAUAAUUUAUUAAUUUUCAGUCAUCUCAUGAUUUAUUAAUUUUCAGUCAUCACAUGAUGUAUUAAUUUUCAGUCAUCACAGGAAUUUUUUGUAUGCAAUAUAUAUUACUAAAACUAAGGGACAUGGUAUAAUAAAUUUUUAAUUCAAAUAAGGGUAAUUCAUCUUUGAGAUCUUGAGUGGUGUUUUAAUCAAGAUUAGAUUAUAACCAUCCAUGGUAUGGAAUAGGCUAAUCAUUUUUAUUUAAUUCUUGGACUAGACAUCAAAUUAUGUGUCGUUUUCAUGUACAUUUCUUAUAGUUUUAUUGAUUUUGCAGUUUUUCCUAUAAUAGUGCUGUCAACUUUAUUACAUUAGUGAAGGACAGAUUGAAGCCUGACUAUGGACUAAUCUUUCAUGGAGGUUCAUUACAGAGUUUGUGGAUAUACCCAAUUGUCUACAAAAUAUCCCUUUUUAUGCAGUAGUAGCCCUAAGCAGCAAGUUUGGAUAAGUAAUUGAAACUUGGUAACAAUGUAGGUAGGUAGGGAUGGAGGGGGCCCAAACCAACCUGCUGUCACCAGGCACUUUUUCUUUGGGCGUCUUCUGUCUACUGAAACUUUUUCCCUGCUUUCCUUUAUGUUUAGGUAUUUUCUUUUGUUUCAGCAAAAACACCUAAAAAAGUACAGUAAUUCCUGGAAGUUGUGGGAAUUCACAAACAUACAACUUGUACACAAAUUUUUCACACAUACAUGAACAGUUGCGAAUCUUUGAAAAACCCUGCAUAAGUGUUUGUUUAAUUUUUCAUGUAAUAUAUAUGUUUUCAAGCUUUUAUGUGUAAAUUAAACAAAAUUAAAUAAUAAAAAUAAUAAUUCUC